UAGACCGGAAGUCAGCGCGGCUGCGCGCCUCUCGGCCAGGAAGGUCCGCGCCGCUGCGGGGGCUCACGGUCCGGGCCCAUGGGUCUCCAUGGCGACGGCGGGGGCUCGGCAGCCGAAGCGGGGCCGUGGCGCUCCGAGGGCCUCCGCGGCAGCGUGGCCGUGUUCGCCGCCGUGACUGCCGUGUUCACCCUCACGCUGCCCCGCUCGCUGCCGGGGGGAGACUCCGGGGAACUGAUCACAGCCGCACAUGAGCUUGGAGUCGCCCAUCCCCCCGGCUAUCCCUUGUUCACACUGAUGGCUAGCCUGGCAAUCACCCUCUUUCCCUUUGGCUCCGUCGCCUACCGCGUCAAUCUCCUCUGUGCCUUGUUCGGGGCAGUAGCGGCUUCGCUCCUUUUCUUCACCGUUUUCAGGCUCUCUGGCUCGCACGCUGGAGGAAUCCUUGCUGCAGGGGUGUUUUCAUUCUCUCGCCUGACAUGGCAGUGGUCCAUUGCAGCCGAGGUUUUCAGCUUAAACAAUCUGUUUGUGGGGCUGCUCAUGGCGCUUACUGUGCUUUUUGAGGAGGCAAGAGCCGCAAAGGAGAGAUCAAAGAUAGCAGUCAUUGGUGCUUUCUCGUGUGGCCUCAGCUUGUGUAAUCAGCACACAAUAGUCCUCUAUAUCAUAUGCAUAAUACCUUGGAUUCUUUUCCAACUUCUGAAAGAGAAGGAACUUGCCCUCAGCUUGCUGCUGAGGCUGGCUCUGGCCUUCUCUGCUGGCCUGCUGCCCUAUGUCUACCUGCCGGUCUCGUCCUACCUCAGUCACGCCCGCUGGACCUGGGGAGACCAGACGACACUACGAGGCUUUCUGACACAUCUCCUCAGAGAAGAAUAUGGAACGUUCAGCCUGGCCAAGUCUGAAGUAGGAUCAAGCAUGUCUACAGUACUGCUUUCACAGAUAAUAAAUAUGAAGACUGAACUUUCAUUCAAUAUCCAAGCUCUUGCAGUUUGGGCAAAUAUAUGUCUAGCUAGAAAGGACAGGCGGAAGUCGUCAGUAGUAUGGCUUUUCACUGGGAUGCUUUGUGUAUAUUCAUUAUUUUUCGCUUGGAGAGCAAAUUUAGAUAUUUCAAAACCACUUUUCAUGGGUGUGGUGGAACGGUUCUGGAUGCAGAGCAAUGCAGUGGUGGCCGUCCUCGCUGGCCUCGGUCUGGCCACGCUUGUGUCUGACACUAACCGGGUGCUCAGGUGCAAUGGGAUUCGGAACCUGGAGUGGCUGUCAGCAGCCCUUUUUGUUGCUUAUCAAGUGUACUCAAAUUACAGCAUCUGUGACCAAACAACCAAUAACGUGAUUGAUCAGUUUGCACGAAACCUUCUGGACUCCAUGCCGCAGGAUGCCAUCAUCCUGCUCAGAGGAGAUCUGCCGGGGAAUGCUCUCCGCUACUUGCAUUACUGCGAAGGGUUGCGGCCGGAUGUUUCACUGGUGGAUCAAGAAAUGAUGACCUAUGAGUGGUACUUACCCAAGGUGGUGAGGCAUUUGCCAGGAGUGCGCUUUCCUGGGGACCGGUGGAACCCUGUGGAAGGAGUGUUACCCAGUGGAGUGGUCACAUUCAAUCUCUAUCACUUUCUUGAAAUGAAUAAACAAAAAGAAACAUUUGUUUGCAUAGGAAUUCAUGAAGGUGACCCAACCUGGAAAAAGGACUAUUCACUUUGGCCAUGGGGAUCUUGUGACAAAUUGGUGCCUUCAAAGAUGGUGUUCAACCCAGAGGAGUGGAUUAAACGCACAAGAGCCAUCUAUAACUGGACAGAGGCCUAUGGAAGAUUUGAUCCAUCUUCUUGGGAAUCGGUGGCCAACGAGGAGAUGUGGCAAGCAAGGAUGAAGACGCCAUUCUUCAUCUUCAGCCUGGCUGAGUCUGCCGGAGUUCCUGCAGACGUGAGAGCACAGCUCUACACUCACGCCUAUAAACUGUAUAAGGAGAUUGUGUACUUGCAAGAGGAGCUCCCUGUGAACUGGCACAAGAACUACGCCAUCGCCUGUGAGCGCAUGCUGCGGCUGCCAGGGGCCGGCGUAGACCCUGAAGUCCUGCUGUCGGAAACCAUCAAACAUUUCCAUCUCUACACUCAGAAAGCACAAAAUGAUCCCCAGAGAGCAGACAUUAUAGCUGCUCUCAAGCAUCUAAGAAGAGAACUGCGAAGUCUAAGAAAUAAAAACAAGGUCUGAGCCAGCAAAGUGCAGUAGCUCUGCUUCCAAAGUGUCUCAAGUCCAAGAAUUUUUCCUUCAAGUAAAGCAGGUGCAUCAAAAAGUAGAAAUCUCAUUUAUCUCCUGGAUAUAAGGAUCAAGGACCUCAGAGUGCCGGUGGCUGAAACAUCGGCCUUGCGCAAAAUCCUGUUUAUCUCAUGUUCCAAAUUAGCAUUUCCUGAGAGGCAUUCAAAAACCUCUGCAGUCCUCACGGAGUCACCGACUGUAGGUUCUAGAUGAGAAGGAACUGUCUCCACAGACCUAAAUGUUGGCCAUGCUUAUUGGGAUUCAAAGGUAAAUUCUUAAGAAAUGCUCAUUGCAGACCAAAGUCAUUUUCUAUUUCCUGCAAGUGAGAUAGUUUCUUAAAAAAAAAUUCUUGUUAUAUACCUCAUUACAAUUCCUUUUUUCCUUGUUAACUAUAAUUAUUUUAGUCUUAAACUAUAUACCAAGUAUCUGAUUUUGUUUUUAAACUUUGAGUUUUAUCCUCUUAAUUCUGCAGCCCCUAAAAAGGAAAGCUAAUUUCAUGUUCGCGCUUUCCUUUUGCAGAAAUGGGCAAACUUAAAAGGUAUUUUAUAUGUCCUUAAUUAAUUUCAUAUUUAUGUUGUCCUUCUCUUUGGAUUCACAGAUCUAGACCCAGUAAUUAGGAAGUAGCUGCCCAGAUGAACAAAGGGUGUGGGCGAGAGUGGGUGAGGACGUCGCCCAAUAAAUUCAUUUCUGUUUCAGGCAUCUUUUAUACAUAUUACUAAAGAGAACAUAGCAAGAAAUGCAAAUAAUAAUAGUGCUUUAUUUUAUUAUGACAGUUAAUUAAUAGAAACCUGUUUUAAUGAAUAAAGUCACUCAGAGUCCUUCAGCACUUCCUAAGUAGAGGCCAGAAUCUGUAGGGAUUCUUUCCCCCUGAUUGUAUAGCUCCUAGACUCCGAGCACUAUAUAGGCCCCUGUAUAGAAAUGCUCACUAAUGAAGAGGGAGGGCUAGAAGCUUGUCUGCAUUCAAAGAUCACUGGUGAGUCAUUCAGCAAGAAGAGGCCCCUUACCAGGAAUAGCCACAGUUCCGUGCCAUUGUACUGGCAAAAGGGUCUGAUCAAAGGGCUCCCGUGGAGCCUGCAUGGCUCCCUUUCAUACUACGACCAUAAUUAAAACCACUAAUUCUCUUUUAAAAUGCUGCAGGAUGCCAUGUAGGCAUCUGUCUGGAGUGUCCUUUGUGAUGUCAUAAGCUGUUAAGGACCAGUGCCGAGGGCUUUUGAGUGAAAUGCCAGUCAGGAAGGUGCUUCAAGACAAGGGUACCUCUAAAAGCUUGACAGGGCCUUGACUGCACAAUUCGAGCUGAAUUUGCCCCUUGUCAGCUGCCAGUAAAUAAAUCUCAAAGGGGGAAAAGCUGAAGUUUCAUUACCUGAUCCAGGGGGCUUUGUUGGUUUUGGCAUCACACAGGGGAAGCUCUUGCUCCUCCAUUCUCUGGGUUUGAAGAUGUCCAUUGGAGCCUGCAGUGCCUGGACAGGGUUCAGAGCGGAACCUUUUGAAGAGUGUCAAUAGUUGUAACAGUUCAGCUGUUAGGAAGACAAAUACAUGGAGGAGCUCAUUAAUCCGCUUCUGGCUCUCGGUGCCUUUUGCCCUUUUAUCACAGCCUUAUUAGGCUCCUGCUCAUCUUGAACCAGAAAAAACUGAAUUGAAGUUGUUGAGUACUAAUUGGCAAAGACUUUUAAUCAUGGGCCAAGAACUUUCACUGACUUGAAAGUAACUUCUCCACAGGGAAGAGCCAGAAACUUGGUUCACCUUAAAACAAAAAACUGUUGGAACUCAGUGCGGUGUGAGAAUCGGAGGAAGCAUUGGUAAAUUGUCUAAGGUUAUCCACUUGAAAGAAAUUAUGGAAGAUUAUGACUUUCCCUUUUCUAGGGGAAAAGGACAAUAAAAUCCAAACCUUUCUUCAGAAAGCCUUUAUUGGUUCAGAAAAUUUGCUUGAGUGUGUAGUGCCCAUGUUUGUUUCUAAACAUCCUUCUGUGUGUGUGAUUGUCAUCUGAGAAUCUACAUAUGACACAGUAUUUAUUAAAAGGAACGUUUUCUAGCUAGCCUCAAAGUAGCAGCCAAGGCCUCUUUGAGAACACCUUUUAAAUGUGUAUCAGCAUAUAGGCAUGUCUACUGAGUGUGCUUUGCACAUGAGUAUUAGCACAUGGCAUAUAGGUUAUCUGAUAUUUGUAGAGCGGCAACAUUAGACCUUUUUGACAAAGCAAUAAUAUAUAUAGCGUAAGACAGAUAAAACACAACUAUUUAAACUCCUUAAAACCAUCGGUAAAUGAAACAAUUUCAAAUGGAACUAAUAUUUAAGGAUGGUUAGCUGUGACUAGCCUUCAUUCCCAGUAAGCUUCUUGAAGAAUCUUUUCCUUUCUCCUGUGUGAAGCUUAAGUUGCUUUUCCUUGCUUGCUAUAUUGCUUUUUCUUGGCUGAGCAUAACAGCAUAAAAUCAGAUAAAGGGCUCCCUUCAGCCCAGCCCCCAAGGCUGAGGAGGGAGUGAGGAGAUGGCUUCUUAUAUAGGAUUUGGCCAGCAUCCUCCUCCAUGUCCCUGGUGUGCCAUGGGUUGGCAGAUCUACAGGAACCCCACAAAGCCAACUUCUGCCUGGAGGUUAGCCUGAGGAGCAAGUAGGAGCCAGCAGAGCUGUCUGUUUCUCCACACACUACAGUGCCCCGCUGCCUGGACCCUGAGGCCAGCCCACACCACAGGGCACAGGACAAGGGCAUUGUGGCUGCCAUGUUCACAGCAAAGCACCUAGCACUUCCCACUUCCUACUGUUCUCUGUGUCCUGCUGUGGGAGCAUGCGCAGUUGAGAGCAUGCGCAGUUCCACGAGCUUAUUCCCUCUUGUUUUUUAGAAGAACCUUUUAAAAAAAAAUACAUGUUUUGUUCUGUUACUCAAAAUGUAGUCAAAAAUAAAAGAAAAUUAAUUAAAAUGUA